CCCCAAGUGAAGCCAACUACCAAGCCACCACAGCCCAAAUCCAAACAAAUUCCAAGCCAAAAUGUUCGCUCUUUUGUCUCUGUUCAUCCUGGGUGUGGGCGCUGCCACCGCCAUCGAGCUCCCACUGAGCCCCAUCUACCACUCUCCGGGUCUUGUCAAGCCCCUGCUGAAGGCUGUCGAGGUUGAGGCGCCCGCCCACUAUGACUUUGCCUACUCGGUGCACGACGAGCACACCGGCGACAUUAAGAGCCAGACGGAGUCCCGCAAGGGAGAUCAAGUGCAGGGCCAGUACACACUGAUCGAUGCCGAUGGAUACCUGCGUACCGUGGACUACACCUCGGAUGCCCACAAUGGAUUCAAUGCCGUCGUCCGCCGAGAUCCUCUAGGCCACAAGGUGAUCAAGGCUGCUCCCAUUGCCAAGGUCCUGUCUCCUCUACCCCUGGCCUAUGGGGCCCCAAAGCUGCUCGCCGCCCCCAAACUGCCCCUCGGCUUGUACCAAUAAGUCGAAGAGCUGGAUAGGCAGAGAGAGAGAUAUCAAACACUGAUUUCAUCGCAUCGACGACGACCACCCAUCCGCAUCUGUAUCUGAACUUUAGCCGAACUAUGUUUUACCUGACACCCAGACACCACCUCGUAUCGUAUCGUAUCGUAUCUACAUUCUACGCUCUACACAUGCCCUAUGCGUCUAUUCUGCUUCCUCUUCGACGACUUUUCCACUAAGACUCUUCGCCACUCAACUACCGGUAGCGCCUCAUAUCGGUAAAAGUGGGGUCCUAUCUCAUCUGCGUAAUAUUUUACAUAUUAUGUGUAAAUAGAAGGCAAUAAAUGCAUUUUUAGAAAACAA